AUGUCGAUUGAUUCAGUUCUCACCACCUCCUUCAUGGUGUUCGUAUCUGUUGUAGGAACCGCUGGAAAUUUAUCUGUCAUUGUCGCCAUUCUUUACAAGCGAAGGCUAAGAACUAUUCCCAAUUAUUUUAUCUUUGAUUUGGCUGUAUGUGACUUGCUGACAGUCUCCCUGGCUGUUCCUUUACGUCUUGUAGAAGUGUUUCAGCCGGGCCUCAUUCCUUGUGGUGUUGUCAUAGCAGUGAAUAUUCUCUUCGAUGGAUUAUCAAGGAUAAACAUCGUUUUUAUCUGCAUUGACAGACUUACAGCUGUGAAAUUUCCUUUCAAAUACAAUUUGUACAUGACAAACAGAGCUGUUGCUGUUUUUGUGGCAAGUGGAUGGACUAUCGUGACACUUUUUGCAAUUUUACCGAUUGUGGGCGUCGGCUUAGCUCCCGAAGAAGUCCUUCGCCACAAUCAUGGUUUAUGCUUCUUCUCAACAAAUUUAUCCACUUCGUAUUUGCUAACGUUUCUGAUCGGUUUCUGUUUGUUGCCGUUGAUAUUGGCUACAUCAAUCAACUGCUUUCUUCUCAAAGCCAGCCACAGGCAAUUGCGGGUCAUUCACGUACAACAAGUGCAGGUGGAAAAUAGUGUUAACACUUACUACCGUAAUGUCAGCGCAAUGUUAUUCAGCGGCAGAAAUCAACCGGCAAGUACAGGGCAGUACAACAGGACAUUCGCCCUUAAACAAAAGCGAGUUGCAAGGAUGGUCAUAAUUUUGGUGGGGUUUUUUAUAGUCCUUGUUCUGCCUAUCACAAUAAUUGAUCUUGUCGGAGCAUUUGGAGUAUCUAAAGUGCCGCCUGCAGUCACUAAAAUUGCCGUUUGUAUGAUAUACACAAACGCAAUGAUAAACGUUUUUGUUUACGCGGGCUUUAACGGAGAGUUUCAAAGAACUUUUGUUGAGAUGUUUCAAGCGGGUAAGGCAAAAUUCCGUGCUCUAGUAUCUCUCUAG